AGGGUCCGCUGCUCCCAGCCCGUCUCCAUCCUCUCGCCUAACCCCCUCAAGGAGUUAGAGGUUCCGGUGGAAGUCUUCUCCACCACGAUGACCUCCCUCGUGUCACCGCGCUUCACAGGGCGGUCUCCUUGCAGCCUCCUGCGGCUGCCGCACACAGACGCCUUGCUGGUGAUGUGCUUCUCGAUCGUGGAGAACUCCUGCAUCAUAACCCCGACGGCCAAGGCCUGGAAGUACUUGGAGGAAGAGAUCCUUGGCUUCGGGAAGUCGGUCUGCGACAGCCUCGGGCGGAGACACGUGUCUACCUGCAAGCUCUGUGGCUUCUGCUCCCUGAAGCUGGAGCAGUGCCACUCGGAGGCCAACCUGCAGCGGCAGCGGUGCGACAGCUCCCACAAGACGGCCUUUAUAAGCCCCCUGCUCACCUCCCAGAGCCUGCCGAUUGGCAACCAGGUGGGGCCCGAGGACCGGGGUCACUUUUAUGGGCUGGAUCUGUACGGUGGGCUGCGCAUGGACUUCUGGUGUGCCCGGCUUGCCACGAAGGGCUGUGAGGACAGCCGCGUCUCUGGCUGGCUCCAGACGGAGUUCCUGAGCUUCCAGGAUGGGGACUUCCCCACCAAGGUCAGAGCCACCCCCAGGGUUUGCCCAGGCCCUGCCGUUGCCUGGUUCCAGGUGGUCCUGGGGCUCCUGGCUUCUGAGAACCAGCCCUCACCAAACCUCCCGCCUUCGUCCAGUGAACCACCGCCCCCACCCCACUCCCAGAAGAGCAGGGUCCUGUAUGGCCACAUAGUAGGAAUCCAGAGGGGGAACUCCUACUCGUCCUGA